UCUGUGCUGGCCUCAGCUAAUAAGCAUCAUGCAGCUCACACAGUGCUGCUUCAUAUUCCUGGUCCAGGGGAGCAUCUAUCUGGUGAUCUGUGGAAAUGAAGACCCCUCUAGUGACCCUGAUGAUGAAGACCAAUCUGACAUUAAACCACAACCCAGACCUCGAAUUGCCAGGAAGAGACCUUCUUCGUCACCUAAACCUCGUCUCUCCAGCCCUCCAAACUCCACUAUUCUCCAGCUCCUCUCCAACUCUCCUGAAUUCUGGGAUAUCUUAAGCAGCCUCUCUGAAAUGGGUAAUAACCUAGGUCCUCCCAUUCCUUCCCGGGUAAGACGUCGUGCCCCCUUGAGGUUCACUGGACGAGCCAAGAAGGUCUUUGGUUGGGGUGACUUUUACUCCAACAUCAAGACUGUGAAGCUUAACCUACUAAUUACAGGAAAGGUGGUAGACCAUGGGAAUGGAUCGUUCAGUGUCUACUUUAGACACAACUCCACAGGUCAGGGUAAUGUGUCUGUUAGCCUUGUUCCACCUUCUAAGGUCCUUGACUUUGACAUGGAGCAGCAAAUGUAUGUAGAAGCAAAGGAAUCUAAGAUAUUCAAUUGUAGGGUGGAGUUUGAAAAAGUUGACAAAGCUAUUAAAACAGGUUUAUGUCCACAUGACCCAUCAAAGACUUGCCAUCAGCAACAAACUCACAGUCGGGUUGCAUGGAUUUGCUCUCAGCCAUUCAAGAUUGUUUGUGUCUAUGUUUCCUUUUACACUACAGACUAUAGGCUGGUGCAAAAAGUCUGCCCUGACUAUAACUAUCACAACAGCUCUCCAUACUCACCUUCUGGAUGAAAUAUAGCCUAAAGCUUAGGUGGUUUUAACAGUGGGAUAACCAAAGUACGGAAAAGCUUUGGAUCUAACUGAUAUGGACUUCAUGUGCCUUGGUCUGGUCUGUUGUUUUGUUUGUGUACUUGUGAA